UUCUGCCUGCAGAUCCAACAUGGAGUAGCGGGAGAUGGGGCUCGUACGGGGCCAUCCUCACCGACCUCACCGAACAGUUUCAAAUCACCGACGACGCAGACCCCCGGGGGUAAAGCAUCCGACGCGUUUCACGGGGAUCAUCACGCCGCAGCCGCUUCGAUCACCGCGGGGAGGAAGGAGCGGUGAAGCGUCGGGGAGAUAAGGACGACAACACCAGACACACUACAGCCAGGGGGAACUCGGUUGCUGCUACGGUGCUGCUCAAGGACAAGGGCAGGAAGACAUGGCACUAUGGAUGAGCCUUGGGAUCUGUUCGUAGGGGAGAAGGGAAGAUGACCGAGGACACACACCCAGACGACGACAGCUACCUGGUGCGCGUGAAGGCGGUGGUGAUGACCCGGGACGACUCCAGUGGGGGCUGGCUGGCCCAGGACGGCUGCCUCAGCCGGGUGGGCGUGUGCAGGGUGCUGUCGGCAGAGCUCCUGGGACAGCGGGCCUUCUUUAUCCACGGGGAGCGCCUCAAAGACCAGCAGGUAAUCCUGGAGUGCUUCCUGAAGAAAGAGCUGGUCUACACCAAGGCCACGCCCACCUUCCACCACUGGAGGGUGGACAAUAGGAAGUGCGGCCUGACCUUCCAGAGCCCGGCCGACGCCCGCGCCUUCGACCGCGGCGUGCGGAAGGCUGUCGAGGACCUGACAGAAGCAGGCUCCACAACCUCCUCCUCCACCCUGCAGAACGAGGCCGAGCUCGGGGACGAUGACGUCUUCACGAACGCCACAGACAGCUCCUCCUCCAGCUCCUCCCUGAAGAAGGUCCCCGUGCAGCUCUUCAGCGAGCCGCGCCGCCACCACCGCUGCCUGCUAGGACACCUGUACGACCAGAGGCCCUCAGACCACUACCUCCUGGACCAGUCGACCGCCAUGUUCCCGCGCCAUGUCAGCUUCCAGAUCGCCGAGGAGGAGAUUGUUCGCAUCAACCCCCGCGAGCGGGCGUGGCUGACGGGCUACGAGGACUACCGCCACGCCACCUCCGGGGGCGGGGACGACAAGCCGGCCCCGCCCACGGAGCCCGGCGACGCCUACGUGCACUUCGGCAAGAGCCCUCCGUCCAAACACGACUACACCGCCCCCCCGUCCCCCUACCCGCUGACCUGUGACCGGCGGCCCCUGGCCCCGGACCCCAAGGCUGAACCCCUCACUUCCCGGGGGCAGCGGGACGCGGUGGUGAGCGCCCAGCCCCAGGUGGCGGGGGGGCGGCACGGGCAGAAGGAGGUGGCGGGGGAGGACGGGACGGGCGGCUUGAAGCGCGCCCCACGCUGCGUCUACUGCCGCGACGUGUUCCUCCAGGAGGAGAACGGGCGGGGCCGCUGCCAAGAGGCCCCGGACCCCGUGCGGACGGGUAUCCGACGGGUCAGCUUCAUGUGGUGCGCCGACAGCCUGCUGUACCACUGCCUGUCGGACCCCGAGGGCGAGCCCUACGCCGAGGAGCCCUGCUCCUGCGACUGGGCCGGAGACGAGCGCUUCUGCCUGCGCUGGAGCGCACUGGCCGGCCUGUCGCUUGUGGCGCCCUGCAUGUGCUGCUACGCCCCGCUGCGGGCCUGCUACCGCUGUGGUGUGGCCUGCCACUGCUGCGGCGGCCGGCACAAGGCCAUGUCCCAGUAGCAGGACAGAGGGCGGGGCCCAGUAGCAGGACAGAGGGCAGGGUUCAGCAGCAGGACAGAGGGCAGGGUUCAGCAGCAGGACAGAGGGCGGGGCCCAGUAGCAGGACA